CCCCUCUCCCAUAGUGGAGGAACCGGUAUAUGGAGAGUGGAUGGUCGCGAAGUCAAGGAUGAGAAAAAACAAACAGCAACCGAGUACCAGGACAUGCCAACAUGAGACCGAGGCAAUGAACAGGACCAUGCAACGUACCGCGGUGGCUGGGAUGAGUGGGAAAGGCUCCCGGUUCCAAGCUUUGAGUGAAGAGGAAACGCCAGCAUCGGCAAGCCCGAGAAAGAAUGCGGGGGUCUCUAAGGUAACGGGGGUCCCCCGAACAAGUGUGGUAGCUACUGCACCCUUGGUUAUCGGGGCAGAGGAAUCGGCUACUGUUCAAGACACAAUCAAGCGAAAGGAGGGCUUGGUUUACGUGCCGAUUGCGCAAAUGGCGGAAACCGUGGUUUUCAUGACUCAGAAGCCCCUCGAAGAGGAGGAACCUGCCCAAACGAAAGCAAUGAAAGUCCAGAAAGCAACCACGGGGCAGCGAGUAAGUUGACAUCAAAAGGGCACUACCCUGCCAAGAUCAAAGAAGGUGGCAGAGUUGGGGGUCAAAAGCAAUAAGAAGCAAACCCACCAUACCCAGACUGGGGAGGGGCAUGGGGACACAUUCAGUGGUAGCUCGUCAGCCACGGGAACUAGACUGGACCCUCUGACCCAACGGGGCUGAGGAAAGUAGAACUAUAACCUCAAAGCGGCAAGCUGGGGGGUAGUGCAUCUGGAGGGGAUCACCCCCAAGAGGGAGCGGGAGCUCCGAGAGCGGCUCCUUAGUCGUUGUUGUCCUCUAGGAAGUGUUUGUCUGUAAAUAGUUUUAUGUUAAGCAUUUUAUCGUGGAACUGGCAAGGGGCUAGAAGUGACUCAUUUUUAACGUUUCUUUCUUCUUUUUGUAGGCCACUAAGGCCGAACUUGAUUUUCAUCGUGGAGCCCAAAAUUAGUGGGGACACUGCAACCAAAGUUAUAGACCGAACGGGGUUCGAUGUAUCACUUCGUGUUGAUGGUAUUGGUUUUGCCGGUGGAAUUUGGGUGCUAUGGCAUAAAUAAGACCUAGAGGU